AUGGGUGAUUUUAUUGAAGAUGGAUCCGAUGAAGCUAUUAUUGAUGUCAUUCACGCGUUGAUUGCUCAACUUACAACCUUGCCAGUUACUACUUCAACUAAUUUGACGCGCCGGCAAGAAAGAGCCAAUGUAUUUUGCGAGGCAAUCCGUGUUCUGGAUGCUACAGAUCUUUUUGCAAACAGUGUCAAAGACCACCUCCUGCCUGCAAUACAAAACCUUUUAAAAUACUUGGAUGCAUUGGAUCCAGCACAUAAAGAAGCCCUUGACAUUAUUAUGAAGGAAAGAUCAGUGACAAGUUAUAGUAGUAUAAGUAAUAAGGUGGUGAGUACUCAUGUUUGUCUGGCAUCAUCAAUGAGCAGCUUCUUUGGUGAUGGUGGCUUGCUUGGAAAGAGAGACAAUACAAAAGUGCUAUUAGAAAAUUCUACUUCUCCUAGGAGUGUUGCAUCACCACCACCACCGGCGGAGGACACUAGAUUUAGGCGCAUCAUGCUGGGACAUUUCGGCGACAUCCUUCAUGGCAAGGGAAGAUCAUCAGAGGAAAAUCAUAACUAA